GGAGGCCCGUGCGGUGUGAACCUCCGUCGUGUCGCGUAAACUACUAUUGUGUUAUGUGUGUUUGUGUGUUCGAGUGUUUCUCCAGCCCACUAGGAACCCAGGAGGUCGAUUUCUGAGGAUGCCGACAGUGUGGUAGCCAGGGCAUGACGGGUAGCCAUGGUGGAUCGCUGCAGCUGGCUAGCAUGCUUGAGCUUGGCACUUCUCAGUCUGUCUCUUGGAGUCGCCUCAGACAAAUCAGAAUUCGUCAAAGGGAAAAUAUGUAUCGGGACGAACGGGCGAAUGUCAGUUCCGUCCAACAGGGACCACCACUACCGCAAUCUUCAGAACAGGUACACCAAUUGUACGUAUGUGGACGGCAACUUGGAGCUGACAUGGCUGCAGGACGAACACAUGGACCUCAGUUUCCUACAGUACAUCAGAGAGGUGACUGGCUACGUUCUCAUCUCCCACGUGGAUGUGAGACGCAUCGUGUUGCCGAGGUUGCAGAUCAUCCGAGGACGGACUCUGUUCAAGCUCAACAACUAUCCCAACGAGUGGGCCUUGCUGGUCACACUGUCAAAGAUGCACAAUCUGGAGAUGCCUAUGCUCAGAGACAUUCUACAAGGGAGUGUAGCGAUGCUCAACAACUACAACCUCUGUCACAUGAAGACCAUCAACUGGGACGAGAUCAUCACGGGACCGGGAGCGGAGUUCAUGUACGUCUACAACUUCACACUUCCGGAGAGAGAGUGUCCACCGUGCGACAAGAGCUGCGAGCGAGGCUGCUGGGGCGAGGGACCCGACAACUGUCAGAGGUUUUCAAAAGUGAACUGCAGUCCGCAAUGUUCCGAUGGAAGGUGUUUUGGUCCGAAGCCCCGCGAGUGCUGUCACCUGUUCUGUGCCGGGGGCUGCACAGGACCAAAACAGAGCGAUUGCUUGGCGUGUCGUAACUUCUACGACGACGGGGUCUGUACUCAGGAGUGCCCCGCUAUGCAGAGGUACAACCCCAUCACAUACUCCUGGGAGACCAACCCUCUGGGCAAGUAUGCCUAUGGGGCAACCUGUGUCAAGAACUGCCCAGAACAUCUACUGAAGGACAACGGCGCCUGCGUACGGUCCUGCCCUCCAAAGAAAAAGGCUGUGAACGGUGAAUGUGUCCUGUGUGACGGUCCCUGCCCCAAGAUGUGCGAGAGCAACCAGAUCAUCCAUUCUGGUAACAUUGACAGUUUCAAGGACUGCACCGUCAUCGAAGGAUACAUCCUCAUCCUGGACCAGUCCUUCGAGGGGUUCCAGCAGGUCUACUCCAACUACAGCUUCGGCGAGCGUUACCAGAAAAUGCAUCCAGAUCGGCUGGAAGUGUUCAGCACCCUAAAGGAAGUCACUGGAUACAUUAGUAUCCAAGGAUCUCAUCCGGACUUCAAAAACCUCUCGUAUUUCCGAAACCUGGAAGUAAUUGGAGGAAGAACCCUGACUGAAUACUUUGCCUCGCUGUACAUUGUGAAAACGUCGCUGAAAUCCUUAGGCUUACGAUCCCUAAAAAAGAUUCACUCGGGAAGCAUCGCAAUUUUGGAAAACAAAGAGCUGUGCUUUGCGCAAGGAGUUGACUGGAAGAGGAUCAAGAAGUCGGGCGAGCACGGGACUCUGCUGCAGAACAACAAGAGGGACGAGGAUUGCAUCAAGGAGGGAUUGGUGUGUGAUGAGCAGUGUACAAGCGAGGGAUGCUGGGGUCCAGGACCAGACCAGUGUCUGAGUUGUGGCAACUACGAGUUCAACAACACUUGUCUACAGGACUGUGGCCCAGGAAUGUACAAAGCAAACCACAAGAAGUGCAUGCCGUGCCAUCAAGAGUGUGAGUCCACCUGCAAGGGUCCGGGAGCCAGCAACUGUUCUCGCUGCAAGAACGUGCGAGACGGUCCGUUCUGUGUUCCGUUCUGUCCCAGCAGCAAGUAUAGCCGCAACGGUGUGUGUGAGCCUUGCCAUCCCAACUGUGUGUACGGCUGCCAGGGACCGGAGAACACCAUCAGCAUCAACGGCUGCAACUCCUGCGAGAAGGCGAUCAUCAACGAAGACGCGUCUGUGGAGAGGUGUCUCCAGAGGAAUGAGUCGUGUCCAGAUGGCUACUACUAUGAGUGGGUGCUGCCACAGGAGCAAGGCGCACUCAAGCCACUCGCAGGGAAGGCUAUCUGCCGCAAGUGUCAUCCUAGGUGUCGUCGAUGUACCGGCUACGGCUUCCAUGAACAGGUGUGUCAAGAAUGCAGUGCCUACAAACGAGGGGAGCAGUGUGAAGAUGAGUGUCCGGCUGACCACUUCGCUGAUGAUCGUUCACAGGAGUGUGUUCCUUGCCACAUAGAGUGUAGAGGCUGCUAUGGACCAGAUAGUAACCAUUGCUACAACUGUCGCAACUACAAGAUCUUUCCUCCUGGAGUUGACCCUGAGGACAAUUCCACAUUGUUCAACUGCACGGCCAACUGUCCUGCUGAGCUGACCUACAAGAUAUUCCCUCUGGACAACGGAGAUCCUUACUGCUGGAGUCAACCACACGCAGUGCCGUCAAGACAUGAGACGGACCAGUUGUCAGCCAUACUCGCCGGAGCGGUGGUUUGUGUGUUUCUCCUGAUGAUCUUUCUGCUGGCCAUCGGAUGGCAGUGGCGCAAGGGGAAGGCCAAGGAUAAUGCAGUGAAGAUGUCCAUGGUGCUGCAAGGCUUAGAUGAACCUCUCAGACCAACCAACGUCAAGCCUAACCUGGCCAAGUUGCGGAUUGUCAAGGAGGCAGAGCUGCGGAAAGGAGGUGUCUUGGGAUUCGGCGCAUUUGGAACUGUCUACAGGGGAGUGUGGUUGCCUGAGGGGGAAAAUGUAAAGAUACCGGUGGCCAUCAAGGUCCUGAGGGAGCGUACAGGAGCCAACACCAGCAAGGAGUUCCUAGAGGAGGCGUACAUCAUGGCCAGUGUAGAACAUCCUAACUUGUUGCAACUCUUGGCCGUGUGUAUGACAUCCAACAUGAUGCUGGUGACUCAACUGAUGCCCCUGGGAUGUCUUUUGGACUAUGUGAGAAACAACAGGGAGAAGAUCGGGUCCAAGCCUUUGCUCAACUGGUGCACGCAGAUCGCAAGAGGAAUGGCACAUCUUGAAGAGAAGCGUCUAGUCCACCGAGACCUGGCUGCUAGGAAUGUUCUGGUGCAGACGCCGAACUGUGUCAAGAUCACAGACUUUGGUCUCGCCAAGCUGUUGGACAUCAACGAAGACGAGUACAAAGCUGCUGGAGGCAAGAUGCCAAUCAAGUGGCUCGCUCUGGAGUGUAUACAGCACAGGAUAUUCACUCACAAGAGCGAUGUCUGGGCGUUCGGUGUGACAGUAUGGGAGUUGUUGACCUAUGGAGGUCGACCGUACGAGUCAGUGUCAGCGCGGGAUGUCCCAGAGUUGCUGGAGAAAGGUGAGCGUCUUCCGCAACCUUCCAUCUGCACCAUUGAUGUCUACAUGCUGAUGAUCAAGUGCUGGAUGCUGGACGCAGAGAGUAGACCCACAUUCAAGGAGUUGGCCGAUGAGUUCGCCAAGAUGGCCAGAGACCCUGGCCGUUACCUAGUCAUUCACGGGGACAGGUUCAUGAGGCUGCCCUCGUACUCUAGCCAGUUCGGCCACGGCUCCCAGGAGGAGAAAAGUAGCGGAGGAGUGGUUGGGGAGACGGAGGGGGUGGACACAGAGGAGUACCUACAGCCUCAGAGGGUGUCUCCCCACCCUUCCCCCACCCCUCAAAACCAGACCAACUGGGACAGGGAGAUGCUGAGGUACGCUGCAGCAGACCCGCACACUCACCAGCCUGGCAGAUACUGCAGCGAGUCUCUGCAUAAAGAUGUGACGGACGACGGGAGCAGUUCUGGCAAACGGGAGGCCCAAGUUGGAGCCCUCAAGCUGGAACUGCCUCUAGAUGAGGAUGACUACCUGAUGCCUUCUCCUCAGCAAAGCCAGGCUCCUUCCACCUACAUGGACCUGAUUGGCGACUCCAAACUGCCAGCCGAGCAUGUGGAAGGCAACGGAAUCUUGCGUAACUAUAACCCAGACUUCCUCCCACCCCAGACGAGUGUGGACAACCCAGAGUACCACCUGGUGGCUGGACCUUCGCUGGGGAUACCUCACCCUCCCUCUGGCCCACACCCCCCCGGGACACACCCCCUUGGUAGUCACAAGGGCUCGGAGGAGGAGUCGGACCACGAGUACUACAACGACUUCGACCGGCUACAGCGUGAACUACAGCCGCUGCGGAGGAAUGAAACUACGGUUUAGCAAUCAAUAGCUGAGGCCACUGAAACAGACUGUUAGCUACAGUGAGCCUCACUAUCGACAGUGUUUUUGUUAAUGUAUACUUGUACAUUUAUACAGUCAGUGUAAAAUAUUACGUGGCUUUUGCCAGCAUCACGGUAGAAAAAGAAUCUCAUAAAAGACAAAUCGGUGAUUCGAGGUUUGUACAUAUGUAUAGUAUUUAAGACCACGAUUAAAGGGUGUGAAGACCGACCAUCCAAAGAUUCAGUAGUGUCUCGGGUACACCGGUGAAUCCGCUCAAUUUUUAGAUUAUUUGCAAGAUUUUGGAGAAGUUUACAUCAUUCCGUGUUUCGCAUUCCAUGCCCGGUGUUGUUUGUAUCGAUUUACAACGAACUCGAGUCGACUGUGAAAAUAUUUAUAUAAGUGCCAUUUUAUUGUGGCUAUUCUAAUUUGUUACAGUGUUUAAAUAUUUAAACGUGUUAAUAAAUUCAAACGACGUAGGCGAAAUUGUAGAUUAGUAAAGAUUAUUAUGUACUUAUGUGUUAAUCAAACUUAUUUUUGUAAAUAACUAAAUAAAGAAGAAGUGAGAAGCAGUUAAGUUUACUACAUUCCGAUUUUUAUAUUUGAAUGUUUUAUUUUUUGCUUAGUUUUAAAGAUGUUUUCUCGGAGCCAAAUGACACUGUCUUCUCACUUCUUCAACUUACGACUGUGAUACUCUUGUUAUACAUGUUUUAACUAAGACUUUAAAUUUAACUGUAAUUAUGUAUUAUGUUAUAGGUUAACACAGCUGUUUCGAGUAGUAAUAAAUAUUUAUAUUUUUAUAUUCUGCUUUUUACUAAGAUGUGAAUUUAAAUGAAUCAUUGAUAGUGAAAAUUGUCCUUUUCAAUCUUGAAAUAUCAUUGAAGUGUCUUCCAUUUUCUUUGCAUGGCCCAAUGUAACAAGUAGAUUUUGCAUGUAUUAAAAAAUAAUAAUAUUUUUUAGUUACCUCUCAUUGUCAGUAAGAUUUUAAACAUUUUUAAACUUUUAUUUUAAUGUGCUAGCUCAUUUAUAAUAUAAAAAUGAAAAAUUAUCUUAUAAAGAUAGUAAAAUAGAAAUAUUUGGGAGAAAUUGAUUACUUUAUAGAAUAUUUUUAUCUGGCAAGAGUGUCUUUUGCUCCGGAUGCAAAAUUAAAGUAAAACCACUUCGUAGCUUUAACUUAAACAUAAAUGAAACUUAAAAAUUAACACUUAAAUACCUGAAGUACUUAUGCAUCAAAGUACUUUGUCAUGUAACUGUUUACUUAAUGGCAGGAUCACUGAAUGUAAAUAUUUGUAAUAGUUGUAGUCUUGUCCACUAGUGCCAUUAGCCUCCUUGCCAAAGCUGCCUUAUCAAAUUGUGAUUCUAUUUUCAGACAAGUUUUAUUCUGUAUUUCUAAUCAAGCUUUUUUAACUUUUAUACACCUUUGUAAUAUUUAUCACAUUAAGUGUGCUUUUUGGUCUCAAGUAAAAAUGAAACAUUUAAAUGUAGUAUCAUCAAUUUUAGUAAUAUUAAAAUUAGUCCUUAUCGUCUUGGCAGCAUGUACUAUAUUGUCCCUAUACUACUGCGAUGUCACAUUUGACAGACUGUACAAUAUUGUACCUAUUAAAAUGUAAUAAAUAAACUUUAUAUUGUACUAAA